UGAUUCCUCCAUGGCCAAUUCUCUUUCGCACGUCAUCACCGCUGCCGUACCCUCAAAAACCUUGAAACGUUUGACUUCUCUUUUUGUCGACAGCAAAAACUGACGAUUUGUGAUUCGCAGAGAGAGAGAGAAACGAUGGAGGAUAUCUCCAAUUCUGCAAAUGCAAACCCUAAUUCAGAGCUUUCUAAUAAGCCAUCCAAAUCUUCCAGAGAGGAAGGCGAGCUCUCCUCAUCUGAAGAUGACGAAAAUCUUGUUUACCGUCCUGCAGAGUGCACUGGUGCUAUUACCCCAAUUACUGUCCCCGUUGAAGGUUCUUUGUUGAACAAAUUAACUGAAAGCAACCAGGCAGGGAGGACCAUCUCUGGCAAUAACAAUCCAAGCUCGGUUGAGGUUCAAUGCCAAACUAAUAAAGAACAGAUUAGUUAUAAGAGUUUGGAGACAACACGAGCACCUCUGAAAUCAUCUAACUCUGGUUGGUAUGCGCCUUCAGUCGACAACAAUAACCUUGUGAUAAGCUUCUCAGAUAAUGAUAGUGGUAGUGACUUUGAGGAUAACAGACAAGAAGAGGCUGUAGAAAUUAAAAGCAACAAUACUGGGUUGAAUAUUGGUUGGACACCACCUACUUCAUCAUUAUCAAAGCCGAACAACUUACAACAAACAUUGAGAAAUAAAAAAGUCAUACCAAAGAAAUCAUCUGUAAGUCGUCUAAUGACUAAGUCUAAAAUCAAUGGAGGUGCCAAUUCCAGGGUUUCUGGUCCCCCAAUAGUUGAGCAAGGAUCUCGAGUAGGAAAUUAUAAAACCUUGAACAAAAAUUUAGCAAGCCAAGAUAGUGGAUCCAAUCAAGGUGUGGGUUUGAACAAUGGUAAACUUGAGGACUUAAGGCAACGGAUUGCACUUCGGGAAAGUGAAAUGAAGCUUAAAGCUGCAGUGCAAAAUAAGGAACCAGUCUCAGUGUCAUGUGGGGAUUUUAAUGCGAUGAAGCAAAGCACUGAUGCAGCUAGGAAAUCCGCCGCAGUUUCUGCUGAUGUUGCACUCUCAGAACCAAAAGAACCUGACUUGAAACGCUUAAAAGUUAGUGGAUCUGAUUCCACCAUGCACAAUGCAGAUAGACGGCAACAAAAAGUUCCUGCAAAAUCAAAUUUUAACUUUAAAGAGCAAGAACCAGAGAACAGCAAUCUGCGGAAUAGGAAAGGGCAGGAAGGAACUCCUUUGAGUGGAAUGGAGUCAAAUAUUGUUAAACGGCAAAGGAAAGAUGAUAAGGGGGUGACUGUUUCAUCAGCAAAUCGAAGAGUUCAUGAUAUCAACUCUAAUCAUCAAUCUGGAAAUGUUAGACAAGAAGAUCCUCCUGUUGUGAAGAGCCGAGUCACGAUGUUGACUAAUAUGGCUUCAAGUACUUUUCCAAAUAGCUAUAAUGGCAAGAAGUUGAACCAUCCAACUAACUGUGCUGGAAACCAUCCACCAACGUCUUUUGUCGCAGCAGCAGCAGCAGGAAGUGAUCAAAAAUUGAGAAGCAGCCAAUUAUGUCGAGUCGUAUCUGAGGGUCAAUCACUUCAGCCCCCAUUGAACAGUGUACUUUGUACCCAGGAAUCUCUGAAAAAUGAAAGCCUCUCGAAAUAUUUGGGUAAUGGGAGUUUUGCAGCACCCAGCAACUAUGAUAUACAGUCACUGGAUGAAAUGGAGGAAUUGCUGGACAAGGAGCUUGAGGAAGCUCAAGAGCACAGGCACAAAUGUGAAAUUGAAGAAAGAACUGCUCUUAAAGCUUAUCGAAAAGCCCAGAGGGCUUUGAUUGAGGCUAACGCUAAAUGUAAAGAUCUUUAUCAUAGAAGGGAGAUAUAUGCAGCCCGGUUCCAAUCUCUUAUUAUGAAUGAUUCUGGUUUACUGUUGACCUCGAGACAGAAUGAGCACGUAGGAAGGGGUUUGGAUUUCUCUAAUGGCAUGUCUAAAGGUAUGGAACUGAUACCCACAGGAAGUGAUCGCAUGCAAACGGAGUGCGAUGGUUUUAACCAAAUGGGAUAUGAUUUAAAUGUCCCAUAUGUCAAUGGCGGUCCAGUUAAUGUGUCUUAUGGUCAUGUGAAUGAGCAGAACUUGGGGUCUGAACCAUGCAGUGAACCUGAUAUUAGUACAUCAGAGCCAUUGCGUCGUAACGACUGGGUUGCUACUUAUGGAGUGAGGUCUCUAUCUAGUGAUCCUAAUAUCUCAGGUGAUGAAGAUGAAGGGACAUCUCAACUGAACCAUGAGUCUCUCCAAUCCAGCUUCAAGUCUCAGCAGAAAGUGCCAGAUUCUAUGGGACAGCAAAAGGAUAAAAAUCACGAGUCGAACAUAGAUUUUUCCAAUGAUAGCUCCCCAGAUUUGCUUCUUGAAACAAAAUUACGAUCUGAGCUGUUCGCACGGUUACAAAUGAGAGCUUCGGGAAAUAAUUGUGGUUUACAUAACAGCAUAGAUAUUGUAGAUGAUCAAGCAGCUGAUGAUGUAUCAGGAGAAAAAAAUCAGAUGAGUAAUAGCAAUCUAUCAUUAAUGGAGGCAGUGAAAAAUCUGAAAGGCUUGGAUGGGCCUGAAAGAAGUAUAUCAGAGGUUCCUGUCCAUAUCCAUAGCCAGUCUUAUGUAGGAGAAUGCUUGAGGAGUACAUUUUCUCAUGUGCAAGUUGUGGCCCCAUUCAGUUUAUUAGGAUUGCAGAGUAGAAAUCAACAGAGUCAGAGAUAUGAUUAUUACACUGAAGAUGUUGCUUGUGUCAGCACUCAUGAUAUCCAGAAGCUUCAUCUGGUACCAAAUUCCAUAGAGGCGAGCUUUGCGGAUAUACUUCAAAAAGAAAUUGAUUCUUAUACCUGCAAUAUCACAGUUAAUCCUUUUUGGCCCUUCUGUAUGUAUGAACUCCGAGGAAAGUGCAACAAUGAUGAAUGUCCCUGGCAACAUUGUAAGGAGUUCUCUAAUGGAGAUACAUGUCAGCGUAAGCAUGAUGAUUCUUGUAGAGCUGAUUGUCAGGAUGGAUUAACAUCACAGAAGGACGAACUGAAUGUUGCUAGAGGACUUUCAAAAUUUCGCAAUGUUUUGACUCUGCCAACUUACCUAGUUAGUUUGGACAGUUUGAAAGUCAAUCCACAUUUAUCUCAGUCUGUUGUAUCUUGGAGAAUUGGAGAAUGCUGGCUAAAGUGUUUCAGCAUUUACUUGGCUUUGUCAAAUUCACUUCAAAAGGAUUUUUCUGCUAAUGAGUGCCUCGUGUUUGGUAGCAAUGGUCGCGUUGAGAUCCAUGGAACUUGGAAUAGGCAGUCAUCAUAUUUCCAGAGUAGAAAUGGUGUAGUGCACGAUCUGGCUAACAAUGCCCAAUCCCUGGAGACAGCUCUUCUUUUUCUCAGUCAGGAGGUUAACAAAAUAGAGGGUCUUAAAAAGGUAACUCUACUUAAAAAGGCUCUGACGGUGUUGUCACGGACUCUUGAGGCUGAUCCAAAGUCUGAAAUUAUCUGGAUUGUUUAUCUUCUUAUUCUUUAUAGCAACAAAAAGUUAGUUGGGAAGGAUGACAUGUUCUCUUAUGCGGUCAAACACAAUGAAGGAUCUUAUGUACUUUGGCUUAUGUACAUCAAUAGUCGGGGACAGCUUGAUGAGCGGUUGUCUGCAUUCAGUAAUGCCCUCUUAGCUCUCUGCCGCAAUGCAUAUAUGUUGGAUGGCGAUGGAGUUUGUGCCAGUGCAUACAUCUUAGACCUGUUUUUGCAGAUGAUUGAGUGUUUCUGUGUUUCUGAGAACGUUGAUAUGGCCAUUCAGAAAAUCUAUGGGCUCCUCUCCCAAGCAACCCAUUCUGAUGAGCCUCUGUCAUUGGUUUCUGAUAUCCUUAAAUGUUUAACAAUUUCUGACAAAUGUGUAUUCUGGAUUUGUUGUGUAUACUUAGUCAUUUACAGGAAGCUUCCGGAUGCUGUGGUUCAGCGAUUUGAGUCCCAGAAAGAACUUCUUGGAAUUGAAUGGCCUUCUGUUUAUAUACUUGGUGAUGAAAAGCAGAGGAUUAUGAAUCUGGUAGAAAUAGCAGUAGAUUCUGUUGAAUCCUCUAUGAAUGCGGAAUCAUUCAAUAGUGAAAUCAGUCUCAAAUCAGCACACCAAUUUGCUAUCAACCAUAUUUGGUGUAUGGAGGCACUUGGUAGCAGAGAGUGUGCAAGGAAUUUGUUGGACAAAUAUAUUAAGUUGUAUCCAUCGUGCUUGGAACUUUCUCUGAUGUCAGCACGGUGCCACAAACAUCAUUCUGGGGCUCUAAAUUUUGAGGGAUUUGAGAAAGUCCUUAAUGACUGGCCAAAGGAAGUGCCUGGAAUUCAAUGUAUUUGGAAUCAGUAUGCUGAACAUGCACUCCAACAUGGAAGACCUGAUUUUAUUAAAGAACUCAUGGUUCGAUGGUUUAACUCUGUCUGGAAAGCUCGACAUCGUCAAAAUGAAACUGUGGGUGCCAUGGAUAGUAACUCCCAUUGUUCUCCUAAAUCAGCUUGGGCAUCAAAUCCAGACUUUUCUGUGCCCAACUUAAAUCAUUUGGAUGAGAUGUUUGGAUAUCUUAAUCUCUCUCUGCAUAAAUUAUUGCAGGAGGCCACCUCUGAUGUUCGCUUAGCCAUGGACAGUGCGUUAAAGGCUGCAGAUCCUGAUAAUUUCAGGCAUUGUGUGAGAGAGCAUGCCAUUUUCUUGCUUACUGAUGAGUUGCAGUUAAAGGAGGACCUGUCUAUAUGUGAACUACUGAAAUAUUUGAAAAUUUAUUGGGAUGUAGCCCGGGAUCUCCCUGUCUCUGAGCCAUUAUCGAGAAAAUUCAUCAAGAAUAUUGAGAAACCAAGAGUACAAAAAUUGAUUAAUGACAUGCUUAGCCCAGUUUCGUCUGAGCACUCUAUUGUGAAUGUGGUUCUUGAAGCAUGGUAUGGGCCAUCUCUUGUACCUCAAAACUUAUUGAAGCCAAAGGAACUGGCAGAUUUUGUUGAAUCUGUCUUGGAGAUGGUGCCAUCCAACUAUCCAUUAGCAUUUGCUGUAUGUAGGCUGUUAAGCAGAGAUUACAACCCUGCUGAUACUGCUUCUGCUAGUGUUUUGUUCUGGGCAAGCUCAAUCUUGGUAAAUACAAUCUUUAAUGCAGUCCCAAUAGCACCUGAGUAUGCAUGGGUCGAAGCAGCAGGUAUUUUGGCAAAAAUAACCGGUAUUGAGCCUGUUUCUGAGAGGUUUUAUGAGAGAGCAUUAUCAGUCUAUCCGUUCUCCAUCAAGUUGUGGAAGUGCUACUAUAACCUUUCAAAGAAUUGGGAAAGAACGGAUGCCAUUGUGGAAGCAGCAAGAGCAAAGGGUAUUGGGCUUUUGUAAAUUGUUCUUGUAGAGUUAGCCUGUCAUGGUGGUAUAAUCAGCUUCACCAAAUGAAAAUCCAGGGGCCAAUUUUGCUUAUUGGUGGUUAUGGAGGCCUCGGUUUCGUAUAGAUGGAUAGAUUUACGAAGAUUGAUGUGAAAUUAGGAAACUUACAGACAAGUAUAUAGGAUAGGAAUAUUGUCACACAAGCAAAGAUUGGUAACGAUUGCCAAUUAUGUUUACCUCGACUGAUUUGGCCUCGUUUCAUUUCUUCUGUGUUGUUCCUCCCAUUAGGUUACAGCAUCUUGCAAAGUUGUCUGCUAUUUGUUUAAUUGUAAUUACUCAUAUUUGUAUACAGGUGAAUAUGGAUAGAAGGGCAAUUUGCAUUGUUAAGUUUCCGAUUUUUAUGUUC